CAAUUAUGAGAAGUAGCCAAUAUAUUAGUAAUGACAAACUUCAUAUAAAUCAUUCUUAUCUACAAAGUGGCACAGAGCACCACAACCCUAUCUAUCUAAUUUUAGACGAGUAGUUUCUAGUGCAUAUCUUCUCAAAUUUUCUCAGUCUAACCAAAAAAUAGAAAGUAAAAAAAUGGCUGCAGAUGAAGUACUAAACCUCUUUGAUUCAUACUGGUUUGGAAUUAGAUCCUCCUCGUGUUUCAGUACUUCAAAAACAAACCCAACUGAAGAUUUUGAUCAUGAUCAUAAUCAAGAAGAACAAACUUUAUCCUCACAAGACCAUGAACAUGAACAUCAUCAACACCAUCUUUCAUUUUCUCCAUUUGUAAACCAUCUGAAUGUAAGGUCACAAAGCGAGCAUCUUUUGGAGUACUCAUCAUCCAAAGGAAGUAUCUUCUCUGAUUCUCAGUUCUCUCCUAGCUCAGUUCUUAAUCUCCACGCACCAAAGCUUCAAACCAUUAUCUCGGGAAAAGAAGUGAGAGACUUUUUAGAAGAGGAAGGAAGUAAUUACAGCACCACUAGUACUGAGAAACAAGAAGAUUUAGUAGCUGCGGUCAACAAGAAAGUCAACAAAAGAAGGAGUAGGAUGAAAAAACAUGGGAGCAGUAGUAAAAGCUUGUCUGACCUUGAAUUUGAGGAGCUUAAAGGGUUUAUGGAUCUGGGUUUUGUUUUUACAGAGGAGGAGUGUAGAGAUUCGAAGCUGGUUUCUAUUAUCCCUGGCUUACAAAGAUUUGCAGAGAAAAAACAGAGUGAUGUUGUUGUACCCAAUUAUAACAAAGGAAAAGAUCACGAUAAUAAUAGUAAUAGUAAUAGUAAUAUUCAGGAUCAAGCGAAUUUGGUUUCGAGGCCUUAUUUAUCUGAAGCUUGGGAUGUUUUGGAUAUUAAAAGAACGAAGAAAUCUCCAUUGAAGAAUUGGAAGUUACCUGAAACUGGUAAUGAAAUCGACAUGAAAGAUCAGCUUAAGUUUUGGGCUCAUUCAAUUGCAUCCACUGUAAGAUAGCACAAGUGUUUGAUAUAUUUGCUUUUUUUUUUCUUUGGUUGAGAAACUUGUUCUUUUGGUGGAAAUUUUGUGCGUGUAAAUAAUUUUUUUUUACUUGGUAAAAAAGAAAAUGAAAGUAAAGGAAGGGUGUUAUUUUCACUUUGAUUAAAAGUUUGAACUAAAUGUAAGUUUUAAUAAAAAUGUCCAGGUUAUGAUGAUUGGUUUUAUUA